AUGGCAUAUCUUUUUGCAGCUGUGUAUACGUCAGCCUUAGCAAUGUUGAAUGAACGAGGGCGUCUUCCUUGUGAUGUCAGUUCAGUUUACCUGGAGAUCGAAUUGUUCUCUUUGUGGUACAGAGGGUCUGCUGGGACUCCAAUAUACAGCUUCGAUGCCAGAGGUACCAGCGUCGAUCAGGGAACCCACUGGGUUGACAACAAUUUGCUUCAGAAAAGAGCAUUUUUUCAGUUGAGUCAAACCAACAGCUGGAUAUCAAAUUCUAAAUUCGGUGCGCAUUUAGAAAUCCAGCCAGUUAAGGACAUGGAUCAAGCGGUCUACCGAUGCAGAGUGGACUACCUGUUAUCGCCUACUAAGAAUACCAUUAUCAACUUUACCGUAAUUAUUCCUCCAAACAAACCGGAGAUCUACAACACGACAGAACAACUGGUUGGGGGCAAGAAAGGUGUAUCGAUUAUCGGUCCAUACAACGAGGGGUCGAAGCUAAUUCUCGUGUGCAAGGUCACAGGAGGUCGUCCACCCCCAUUCGUAUACUGGGUGGUUAAGGAUGAGGUGUGGAGGACAGAGGUUGAGGAGGAGGUCGGUGGAAGUCUGAGAACGACCCUCGAGAUUCCCCUGUUAACAAGGAACUACCUGCACGCCGUCUUCCAGUGUCAAGCAACUAAUUUCAAUGCCUCCGCUCCUGUUACUUCAGCCGUUACGAUCGAUAUGAACUUUCGACCUUUGAACGUGACCAUAUUAAGGGGUUUCGAUCCUAUGAGCUCUUCUUCCGAUUAUGAGUUAGUUUGUAAAACCUGGGGUUCUAGACCUCCAGCCGUCAUUACUUGGUGGAAGGAUGGCGUUGAGCCCCUUAAGCAUGCAGUCAUGACGACCUCACCGGAUAAUAACGUAACAACAUCCAUUCUGAAAUACCACGCCGACAUAGCAGACAGUGGAAAGUACCUUAACUGUAGGGCGGAAAACAGAAAGAUUCUGCAAUCUGCAAUGGAGAGCACAUUGAGGUUAAAUAUAUAUUGACCACCGGAUCCCCCCAAAAACUGCACGAUAGCCAAUCAAACGACGGACACGAUAGAAGUGGAAUGCGCACCAGGAUUUGAUGGUGGUUUGGCCCAAGUCUUUUACAUGGAGGUCUAUGACUCCACCACGGACGCUCUUCAUUCAAAUCUCUCCUCAUCUGAGCCCUUCUUCCUUCUGACGUCAUUGAGGCCUGGCAUCGCUUUCAUCAUGGUGACAUACGCAGCCAAUGCCAAGGGCAGAAGCGACCCAGCCAAGCUAGAGACUUUUACAUUAAAAGUAGCCGAGAAAAGAACAGUCUAUUCCAUAACCACUCCAGGCCCUCCAGCACUAUUUGAAUUUACUCCUCUGCUUGGGAUCCUUGUUGGAUUGUUGGUCGUCAUUUUCUUGGUCGUCAUUAUCACCAUGAUCGUCAUGAAAUUCAGGAAGCUUCAACCAGGCUCAGGCAGUGCGUCUUCCAGAGACAGCUUCAAGGGGGACUUGGAAAGCAAGCCUUUGAAUUCGGCUUCACUGAGGCAGAGGACCAUAGAAGGAUCGAGUUCUGGUGAAGUUGAAGAGAAUGACCCAGAUUUAAUCCCCCAUAAAAAUGAUAAUGUGAUGGCCUACACCCAAUACGCAUCAGUGGAGAACAAGGAACCUGAUCAUUCUCAUCAGUUCAGUUCAACUUUCCAAGUGGCACAAGGUGCACGCGCAUUACCGUUACAGCACAGCUCCUCGAUGGAUGACUCGGAGGUCACCUACGUAGAACUGGCAUUACCCCAAGAAGAACAAAGCAAUUAUCCUGCCGUCAGCUCGGGUGAUCCCUGCAGCAUUUACGCUUCCAUAGACCAUACCAUGAGCAGCAGCAUAGGUCUAAGAAACAGCAGUAACAACUUAUCCACCGCCUCCACGACCACCAACAGUCACACAAACGACCCUGUCAAUAAUUACCCUCCUUUGCUCCAUAGGCGCAGCAGCAGUAGCAGCAGUUUCAGCUUCCAGAACUACCACACAAGCAACCCGAAUCUCUACACGAGCAUAGACUACAGAAGAGGCGGAGGAACAACAACCACCACUAGUCACAGCAUUUAUGCCACUCUGCCGCACCGGCGGGAUGGCUAUGCUUCCACUAGAUCUAUAUCUAGCAUCAAUACUUCUUUAGGAGGUUCGCCUCCCGCGUUCCGGGAUAUUAGACUCAGCCUGAGGACUCCCUUAGUCAGGAGGCCCAGUGAAAGCGCUGUCUAAGCGUUUCGUGGGGUCAAAAGAACUCAUGAAUAUUUUAUUUUGGUGUUCUGACGCUUGUAUUUUAUAAAAAGGAAAAAAUCUGUAAAAAAUGGAUGAAAAAUUUCGUAAUUUUAGUGACGAAAGGCAAAUAGAUCAAGGGAUUUUAUUAAAAUUUCAUAUUUUCUCGGAAACAUUCCCAAAAACCUGAAUGUGUAAGUGAAUAAAUACAUAUCGUUUUACCUACAAAGGAAAUUAUCUAGACAGUGAAUCGAGUCCAUGGAUAAGAUGAGAGACUGAAAGGUGGUUUUUAAGGGUUCUAAAAUGAAUCGUUAAAGAAAAGUACGUUGGAAUAAAAAUGUAUGUAAAAUACAAGAUAUGUCUUACCAUAUUUUUAUUUCAGUGAUAUCAACUUGCAUUAAAAUUACAGAUUUCCGAUUUCUAUAGUUCAUGAAAACAGGAAAAAUCAAUUUUCACUGAGAAAUUAUCUUCAGCAAGUAUGCAUUAUGGAAAAUAUCUACAUAUCGGAUUUACAAGAAGUUAACAAUAAAAUUUCUUAUACUAAGGAAAAACUUUAAGCUUAUCAGCAAUUAAACGGUUAUUUAAUUAGGGUUUUAACACUUCCCAAAGUUCAUACUUUUAUUACUCAAUUGUUCUUGAAAAAUUUCUCCCGAAAACAAACAUUUUCUUGUAAUGGUAUUGAAUUUUAUAUUCUUCACGAAAACCAUAGACGACUCUUGAAACAACAAAUAGCAGGCAACAUCAAGACAAAAAAGUAAUAUUUCAGAAAGCUUUCAUUAAAAAUAUCAUUGUAUUAUUAUCUUUAUUUGGGCUUUGUGAUACUUAUAAUAAGAAAAGGUAUAUUUUCAAAAGAAAAAAAGAACUAAAAAUGCAAAAUAUAUCGUUUAAUGUGUGGAUAUCAAAUACGGAAAGUUAUCUACCGAAAAUUAGUUAUUAGAACUCGAACUAUAUUUAGUGAUUCUAAUACCUAGAUGAAUCUCUUUUUGGAUUAAAAGAGAAACGUAAAACUAGUUCUGUGGUUAUGGAGUAUAUUUGUAUGUUUGUACAGAAGCUGCGUGCCUUUCUUAUAUAUACAUACAUACAUACAUACAUACAUACAUACA